CUGCGCCUGCGCGCUGCAGCGGUUGGGCGCGAGGCGCGCGGCGGGAGCGGCGGUUGAGCGGCCCUCUUGCCCGCCUGGCUGAGCAGCCCGCCGCCCGCUCUGCAGCCACCAUGUUUGUUCUGGUGGAGAUGGUGGACACGGUGCGGAUUCCCCCCUGGCAGUUUGAAAGGAAACUCAAUGAUUCCAUUGUGGAGGAGCUCAACAAGAAACUGGCUAACAAGGUUGUGUACAAUGUCGGUCUCUGCAUCUGUCUGUACGACAUCACUAAGCUGGAGGAUGCCUACAUAUUCCCUGGCGAUGGCGCAUCACAUACUAAAGUCCACUUCCGGUAUGUGGUGUUCCACCCUUUCUUGGAUGAGAUUCUGAUUGGCGAGAUUAAAGGUUGCAGUCCGGAGGGCGUUCACGUGUCUCUAGGGUUCUUCGAUGACAUCCUCAUCCCCCCUGAGUCUCUCCAGCAACCUGCCAAGUUUGAUGAGGCGGAGCAGGUGUGGGUGUGGGAAUAUGAGACGGAAGAAGGCGCCCAUGACCUGUACAUGGACACUGGCGAGGAAAUCCGCUUCCGGGUGGUGGACGAGAACUUCGUGGACACGUCCCCGACGGGCCCCAGUUCAGCGGAGGCCUCGGCGUCCAGCGAGGAGCCCCCCAAGAAGGAGGCACCUUACACCCUUGUGGGAUCCAUCAGUGAGCCAGGCUUGGGGCUCCUGUCUUGGUGGAGCAGCAAUUAGCAGCCGCGAGGAGCCAGCCCAGCAUCGGGCCAGGG